GGACAUGUUCAAUCAACACUUGAUUUACGACCUAACCGUAGGCUAGAUGAACUAGCCCCCUCUAGCUCCCCACCAUCACCUCAUAAUGCAACAUAUAUAAAUUCUGAAGAACAUUAAUCUGGACUCCUUUAAAGUAUCACUCUGCAAACAUUUCACGACGACGGCAGAUCUAUCAGAUUGAUGAUAAUCUUUACACGACAUAUCACAGCUAGUAACUAGUAUAAUACUUUCUAUAAAAAAAAUGCCUUAUUUUUCAAGCAUCAGCGACACAAUGUGGAUGUGCUGUAAUAACGCAUCGAGGGAUAAUCAAGGGUGCGGCGAGCGUAACAAGAUGACGCUGGACAAAUGUAACAAAUGUUCUCACAAAAAAUGCGAUAAGUGCAGGGUAACGAAAUUGCAGAUGUUGGUGGAGGACUUCAUAGACACCGAUAAAGUAAAGGAAGCGUUGGAGUCGCAAUUAAAGGAAACUCCGAGAGGAAGAUCUAAGGAAAAAGUAAAUGCUAUUUAAGGGCAGUGCUGGCCGACCGAUAUUUUGCGGGAUUGGAUUUUGUGAGGUUUCCAGCAAGAUUGAAGGCAUUCAAAAUGUCAGAUUAUAUUCUCAAAGAAUCUAGAGGCA